AUGGUGGCUGGUUCUGUGAAGGUUAGAGAAUGGAGCUACAGUUUGGAAGAACUGGUGGAGAUGGACAGGAAUGGAGAGCACAAGAGAGAAGAGUGGGUGAAGAAUCCUCCAGAGCCUCCAAGUCCAUGGAAGCAAUUAUGGGACACAGCCAAGGACACUUAUGUGCCUACUCGAUACAAUCACAAGUCUCUUUUCAAACGUAUACUUUCUCUGGUUUACCACUUCUUUCCCAUACUGCACUCUCUCAGACACUACAAUGCCUCCAAGUUUAAGAACGACCUGUUGGCUGGUCUCACUCUUGCCAGCCUCACCAUUCCCCAGAGUAUGGGAUAUGCAACUAUGGCAGAGCUUAAUCCUCAAUAUGGACUGUAUACAAGCAUUGUCCCACCUAUGUUAUUUUCCGUACUCACAAGCUCAAGGGAAAUAGUGAUCGGGCCUGUAUCCGUGGAUUCAGUGCUUCUUUCCACAAUGAUUGGAAAAUUGAAAGAUCCUCGUCACGAUUCUGCUGCUUACACAAAACUCGUUUUCACUGCAACUUUCUUUACGGGCAUCUUCCAGGUUUCCUUUGGACUCUUCAGGUUAGGGUUUCUGGUGGAUUAUUUUUCCCAUGCAGCGAUUGUGGGGUUCUUGGCAGGAGCUGCUGUCAUCAUUGGUUUACAGCAAAUGAAAGGACUACUUGGGAUCAGGAAUUAUACAAACAAAACUGAUAUAAUUUCUGUCACGAAAGUUAUUUGGACAUCGGUGUCUGACCAAUCGAAGUGGAAUCCUUCUAGUUUAAUUCUUGGGCUCUCAUUUCUGGCUUUCAUUCUGAUUAUCAGAUUUCUGGGUAAAAGGCACAAGAAACUCUUCUGGCUGUCCACAAUCGCUCCUCUACUCUCAGUUAUUGUAUCGUGUCUUAUUGUAUCAAGAAUUAAUGCUGAUCAUGAAGAUAAAUUUGAGGUCUUGGGGAAAAUCGAAGGAAGUAGCUUGAACCCAAGUUCAUUGUACCAGUUAAACUUUGAUUCUAAGUUCAUUGGGAAUUUGGCCAAGAUUGGGUUUAUUAUUGCCAUAAUUUCACUCACGGAAGCUAUUGCAGUUGGUCGAUCUUUUGCCGCCUUGAGAGGAUACAAUCUUGAUCCCAACAAAGAAAUGGUAUCAUUAGGCCUAAUAAACAUUGUUGGAUCUUUCACUUCAUGCUAUGUUGCCUCAGGUUCAUUUUCACGUACUGCUGUAAACUAUAGUUGUGGCUCGGAAACAAUGGUUUCGAACAUAGUGAUGGCUCUUACAGUGCUGUUUUCGCUGAGACAUUUGAAAACGUGGUUGUCUUCCACUCCAACAGCAGUACUAGCUUCAAUGAUUCUUUCAGCUUUACCAGGAAUUAUUGACGUGAAGAAAGCUAUACACAUUUGGAAGGUUGAUAAGAUUGAUUUCCUGGCUUGUGCUGCAGCCUUCUUCGGGAUCUUGUUUUUUUCUGUGGAAAUUGGUCUUUUAACUGCGGUUAUCAUAUCAUUUGCAAAGAUAAUGCUGAUAUCAAUUCAACCUGGGAUAGCAAUUGUUGGAAGACUUCCGGGCACAGAUGAGUUCUGUGAUGCUGAACAAUAUCCAAUGGCUGUCAAAGUUCCUGGAGUGUUAAUAGUUCGUGUCAAAUCUGGUUGUCUGUGUUUUGCAAAUUCAAAUCUUGUCAAGGAAAAAAUUGUUAGAUGGGUGUUUAAUGACGAAGCUGUGGAAGAUCCCAAAGCACAAAGCACUUUCAAAUACGUUAUUCUUGACAUGUCAAGUCUCAUGAAUAUUGACACAGCGGGGAUUGCUUCUUUGGAGGAGCUGCAUAUUAGUUUGGCUUCACAUGGGCUUCUGUUGGCCAUCGCCAACCCUAGGUGGCAAGUAAUUCACAAGCUGAGAAUAGCUGAGUUUGUCAACAAAAUUGGAGAAAAAGUUUUUCUGUCUGUAGGAGAAGCGGUUGAGGCAUGUCUUACAGCCAAAAUGGCAGUCAUGUAA